CCUGGAGCGGCGUGAAAGCGGGUAUUUUCUUCAGGGUAUAAAGCUGAGAAUACAGUGGAAGAGAGGCUAAGAGCUUCACCUCAUUGCCUCAUUCUCCCUUUCAUGUGAGCAUCCUGCAUCAUUUCCUUCGUCCUGCCGUACCUUUCACCUGGCCAGCGCUGCCCAGAUCAUGUCCGCUAAGCUCCUGCCGGUUUUCUUCCUUCUCUCAGUGUUUCACGCCUGUUCUAGAAAGGUUGAAGAAGAUGAAUAUGAAGAUGGAACAUCUAACCAAAAAUGGGUUUUAGCUCCAAAAACACAAGACACAGAUGUGACUCUCAUACUAAACAAGCUGUUGAGAGAGUAUGACAAAAAGCUACGUCCAGAUAUUGGAAUAAAACCAACAGUUAUUGAUGUUGACAUUUAUGUCAACAGCAUUGGUCCUGUAUCAUCAAUAAAUAUGGAAUAUCAAAUUGAUAUAUUUUUUGCCCAGACGUGGACAGAUAGCCGUCUUCGCUUCAAUAGCACCAUGAAAAUACUGACUCUGAACAGCAACAUGGUUGGCUUGAUCUGGAUCCCAGACACAAUAUUUCGUAACUCGAAGACUGCAGAGGCUCACUGGAUCACCACCCCCAACCAGCUUCUCCGCAUAUGGAAUGAUGGCAAGAUCUUGUACACCCUCAGGCUUACCAUUAAUGCUGAGUGCCAGUUGCAGCUGCACAAUUUCCCAAUGGAUGAACACUCAUGUCCUUUGAUAUUCUCUAGCUAUGGCUACCCUAAAGAGGAAAUGAUUUACAGAUGGAGGAAAAACUCAGUGGAGGCUGCUGAUCAGAAAUCUUGGAGACUAUAUCAGUUUGACUUUAUGGGUCUCAGAAAUACUUCAGAAAUUGUGAAAACCUCUGCAGGUGAUUAUGUAGUCAUGACUAUAUACUUCGACUUAAGUAGAAGAAUGGGGUACUUUACUAUUCAAACAUACAUUCCCUGUAUAUUAACAGUUGUUCUUUCCUGGGUAUCCUUUUGGAUUAAAAAAGAUGCCACACCAGCAAGAACAGCAUUAGGCAUCACCACAGUACUGACCAUGACAACGUUGAGUACCAUUGCAAGGAAGUCAUUGCCCCGUGUCUCCUAUGUCACUGCUAUGGAUUUGUUUGUGACUGUAUGCUUUCUAUUUGUCUUUGCUGCUCUGAUGGAGUAUGCAACCCUUAACUACUACUCAAGCUGCAGAAAGCCAAACUGUACUAAGAAGAAAAAGUCGCUACCUGAUGUCAGUUUUGGUCAUGUGAUGAAUUAUUCUGUACUUGACAUGAGACCACCAACGACAGUCAUCACAUUGAACAAUGCCAUGUAUUGGCAAGAAUUUGAAGAUGCAUGCGUCUAUGAAUGUCUGGAUGGUAAAGACUGCCAGAGCUUUUUCUGUUGCUAUGAAGAGUGUAAAUCAGGCUCAUGGAGGAGAGGAAGGAUUCACAUAGACAUCUUAGAACUGGACUCUUACUCCAGGGUGUUUUUUCCUACAUCUUUCCUGCUGUUUAACCUGGUCUACUGGGUUGGAUACCUCUAUCUUUAAAUGUUGCCUGUAGUGAUGAAGACUGCUGGGUUUUCACAUUGAGGAGGGCUGGUAAAAGUGCAGAAAAAGUAAAAGACAUGGUCAAUUUCAUCUUGAAUUUUAAAGGCCACAUGAAACUUCACCAUCACAGAGCCUAAUGAAGAGUUUUAAUGUGCAGUCGCCUGGAAAAGAAAAACGUGGAA